UCUGAUGGCGAACAAGUUGGAUACAGCAAUGUGGAUUUCCCGCUUGUUCACAGUUUACUGCUCAGCUUUAUUUGUCCUGCCUCUUCUAGGGUUGCAUGAAGCAGCAAGCUUUUAUCAGCGUGCCUUGCUGGCAAAUGCUCUUACUAGUGCCCUCCGACUACACCAAAGGCUACCGCACUUUCAGCUUAGCAGGGCGUUUCUGGCCCAGGCUUUGCUGGAGGACAGCUGCCACUACCUGUUGUACUCUCUUAUCUUUGUGAAUUCCUACCCUGUUACAAUGAGUAUUUUUCCAGUUCUGCUGUUCUCUUUGCUUCAUGCUGCCACAUAUACAAAGAAGGUUCUUGAUGCACGAAGUUCAAAUAGCCUGCCCUUUCUGAGAAAUCUUUUAGAGAAACUGAGUGCUAAUCAACAGAAUAUUCUAAAAUUCAUUGCUUGCAAUGAAAUUUUCCUGAUGCCAGCUACAGUCUUUAUGCUCUUCAGUGGGCAAGGAAGUCUGCUCCAGCCAUUCAUUUACUAUAGGUUUCUUACAUUACGCUAUUCCUCUCGGCGAAAUCCAUACUGUCGGACACUCUUCACUGAGCUGAGGAUUGUUGUUGAACACUUAAUAAUGAAGCCCGCAUGCCCUGUUUUUGUAAGAAGACUAUGCCUCAGCAGCAUUUCCUUUAUAAGCAGAUUGGCACCAACAGUUGCAUAGCCAAAUUCAGGCACUCGUGUUUUGUGAACAUUAUGAGCAGCUGGCACUUCUGCUGAUGAUAAUAAAUUCCUGGUUUUACACUGAUCUCA